CCGGCUCGCCGUAUGUGUUCCGCUACUCUAGCACGUGUGAUGCGAACACGUUUAUUAUCGCUUUAACAGCGGGUUUUGUGCUGUCGCGUCCAGCCGGUCCAGUAUUUUACACUAAAGUUUCCAAAAAUCUCAUCUUCAGUUCUCCUGGGUAUGAUUGGCAGUAUGAAGUAUAUUCUGGUGACGGGCGGCGUGAUCUCCGGCAUCGGGAAAGGCAUUAUAGCCAGCAGCGUGGGAACCAUCCUCAAGUCCUGCGGCCUGCACGUCACAGCCAUCAAGAUCGACCCCUACAUCAACAUAGAUGCAGGGACCUUCUCGCCGUAUGAGCACGGUGAGGUGUUUGUUUUGGAUGAUGGGGGAGAGGUGGAUUUGGAUCUGGGCAACUAUGAGCGUUUUCUGGACAUCAGGCUCACUAAAGACAACAACCUGACCACCGGAAAAAUCUACCAGUCUGUCAUCAACAAAGAGCGCAGGGGAGAUUACCUGGGCAAAACCGUACAGGUGGUGCCACACAUAACCGAUGCUAUUCAGGAGUGGGUGAUGCGUCAAGCUAGAGUUCCUGUAGAUGAUGACGAUGUUGAGCCCCAGGUCUGCGUCAUUGAGUUGGGCGGUACGGUCGGAGAUAUAGAGAGCAUGCCUUUCAUCGAGGCCUUCAGACAGUUCCAGUUUAAAGUGAAGAGAGAGAAUUUCUGCAAUAUUCACGUCAGUCUGGUACCACAGCCCAGCGCUACAGGAGAGCAGAAGACCAAACCCACGCAGAACAGUGUGAGGGAGCUCAGAGGACUGGGACUGUCACCUGACCUGAUAAUGUGUCGUUGCUCCACUCCACUUGAUAACUCCGUGAAAGAGAAGAUAUCCAUGUUCUGUCAUGUGGAACCUGAACAGGUGAUCUGCGUACACGAUGUGUCGUCCAUCUACAGAGUGCCACUGCUCUUAGAAGACCAGGGCGUUGUGGGAUAUUUCUGUUGCAGACUGAACCUGCCCAUUGAAACCAGACCCAGGAAAAUGCUGGCGAAGUGGAAAGAGAUGUCAGACAGGUCAGACAGGCUGUUGGAGCAAUGCUCCAUUGCUCUGGUAGGGAAAUACACCAAGUUUUCAGACUCGUAUGCCUCCGUGAUCAAAGCCCUGGAACACUCCGCUCUCGCCAUCAGCCACAAAUUAGAGGUUAAGUACGUUGACUCUGCAGAUUUGGAGGCCGGUACGUUACAGGAAGAACCUGUGAAGUACCACGAGGCCUGGCAGAAACUCUGCAGUGCAGAUGGUAUUUUAGUACCUGGAGGUUUUGGAGUACGAGGGACAGAGGGCAAGAUUCAAGCCAUCAGCUGGGCCAGGAAACAGAAGAAGCCUUUCCUCGGUGUGUGUUUGGGGAUGCAGCUCGCUGUGUGUGAAUUUGCUAGGAACAUGUUGGAUUGGAAAGAUGCCAACUCCACAGAAUUUGACGCGGAAACUAAAUAUCCUGUGGUGAUUGACAUGCCAGAGCACAAUCCAGGGCAGAUGGGAGGAACUAUGCGGCUGGGGAAACGGAGAACCAUUUUCAAAACCAAAAACAGCAUACUUAGAAAACUUUAUGGAGAUGUAGAUUAUGUUGAGGAAAGACACAGACAUCGCUUUGAGGUGAACCCAGAGCUGAAGCAGCAUUUUGAGGAGAAGGGCUUUCGUUUUGUGGGUCAGGACGUGGAGGGUGAGAGAAUGGAGGUCAUCGAGCUGGACGAUCACCUGUAUUUUGUUGGUGUCCAGUAUCACCCAGAAUUCACAUCCAGACCCAUAAAACCGUCUCCGCCGUACUUGGGCCUGCUGCUGGCUGCAGCUGGGAGGCUUCCAGGUUAUCUUCAGGAAGGCUGUUGGCUCUCACCACGAGAAACAUACAGUGACCGGAGCGGCAGCAGUUCUCCAAACUCAGAGAUAGCGGGCUUCAAACUACGCUCACUCGCUCCAGAAUGAAUCUGUUAAUGGGCCUGCUCUCUGGAAAGGAGGUGCUACUGAAAUGCAGUUUUAUAUUGUCCAUUUUCAAGGGAAUAGGAUUUGACAUGAAGACUGGCAGCUCCAUUUGUAUUGAACUCAUUUUCCAUUGUACACAAACUUGCACUGACCAACUGUUAUGGACCAACUAGCAGUCAGCUGUUCACUUAGGACAGUUAAAUAUUUUAAGAUGUGUGUUCUGAGUUUAGGCUUGAUACUGUAAUCAAGUAUUUCACAUUUGUAAUAAACGCCGUUUUAGUUUUUGCAAAGUGUAAAUAGUCAUUGAUAUUUUGUACUUUAUUCAUCAAGUAGUACAAAUUUUGCAUCAAGCCCAGCAUUGCCACAAGCAGAAACAGUAUAUCAGUUUUCUCAACUGAAUCACUUUUACAGAACAGGUAAGAAUUUAAAGAGACAUUAAAAAGCAACAAUCCAAAUUCUGGUAGCAUGCAACUAACAAGUCUCUAUUUUACAGAGUUGAUCCAACAAACAAAUGACCAUGAACAGGAUAUGAAAGACCAAGCCACACUUUAAUAUUAGGUUUGACUUGCAUCACUCAUUUUACAACUUCCACUUGCUGGUCAGGAGCUGCUGAAGACAUUUA